UGGGUUUUGGCAUUACAGUAUUACUGUAACGGACGUACCCAUUUGAUUACAGUAUUGCAAAGUUCCACCUUAAAACAAAGAGUGCCUAAAUUCUAUAUUGAAACAGUGUACUUUUAUUGCAGUUAAAACUAAGACAUCAAAAAAUCAUAUCACAGAAGCUUGCCUGGACUUGUGUGUUUUUGCAACAUGGGGAGAGCAGACGCAGCAGUGACUCUGAUACUAAUAUAUGUUCAAUCUGCCUUUGGUGAAGAUUUCCCCGAAGAACCCAUUAACUGUAACAGAUAUGUAGAUUUUGCGAAGGGAGAAUGGUUCUGCAGACCAGUGGGAUUGUUUGAUAUAUCUGAGGACGUCAUGAAUGACGGAGUUUUCACACGAGAAGAACUUCUUGAAGAAGUUAGUGUACGAUGCAGCAACGUGACACUAUUUGAAACAUACUUUGACUGUUUGGAAGAAUUAGUCGCCGAAUGUCCAGAACAAUAUAUGCCUGUUCUGGGUCCUGUUAAUAAGAAAAUACAGAUGUUUUGUGACGGAACAGAGGUAUCGACAUGGCUUUUGACAAUGUUAGAAAACGGCUAUAGCAUCGAGGAAGAGUGCUUCUCGGUAUCGAAAGACUUGUUGAUGGAGUGUGGAGAAGAACUGAAAUUUGACAGUAAUAUGUCAGUGACAACGGCGUUGGAGAUACUACCGCAGACAGUUUCAGCAUUGUUCCAGUGUACGAAGAAGAAAUUCACAGUAAUACCGACUUCCUAUCAGGAAUGUGGAAGUUCCUGGACAGACGUGCUCCUGUCGACCUGGCUACUGUUUACUGCGCUGAGUACUGGGUCUUACCUUUCGGAUGAUGAUAUGAUGCAGCUGCAGGCCCUGAAGACUGGACAAAGUUACGGACGUUGAAAUGGGCACGGAAUGUGCAUAUAACAUUGUGAUGUUAUGUAACGUAUGUACAGAUAAAUAAAACUUAUUCAAAAUUA